UCAUCAAUAUCUGUUUCCCCAUCACCAAUAUCUGUUUCCCCAUCACCAAUAUCUGUUUCCCCAUCAUCAAUAUCUGUUUCCCCAUCACCAAUAUCUGUUUCCCCAUCAUCAAUAUCUGGAGUACACACACAUUCAAUCGAAGACAUAAAAACUACAGCUGAAGCUGUUCCUACUACUACCACAACUGUAGAAACCCCAGAUGGAUCAGUGAUACCAACAUCUACAGUUAUAAUAUUGGUUGUAUGCCUGCUCAAUGGCUUCCUUCUUGGUACAGGAGCUGUCUUCAUCUGCAUGCGAUUUAGAAAAAGAUGUGUAACCUGCACUAAACCAGGAGCAGACAAUACUGCUGUAGAACUUCAAGACAAUAACAUGAACAGCCAAGCUCAAUAUGACAAUAUCCAACAACAUGAUGUUUAUGAUGAAAUACUAGUAAGAGAUCCAAGUGUGAUAGAGAACCUCAAUUACACCAAUGAAGUAGCCAAUCCUGGAGCAGACUAUUUAGCUCUUGAACCUGAAAAAGACUAUGAAACACUCGAACCUGAAAACAAUAACAUCAAUGUUGGAACAACUGAUGCAGAAUAUACAGCUUUAGAACACAACAAUUGACCCUGGGCCUGGUAGGGACCAUACACUUUAUCAUCAAAAUGAUAUGUAAAAAUUCAUUUGUUAAGUCUUUCAAAAUGAACUACCACCACUAUGUACAGAAUCUAGCUGUAUUAUUUUGCAUCAAGUGGUCAACCACAUCCAUUUCCUCAUCCAGCCUGUAUUAGAGACGAGAAAGGAUGAGGCGUUUGGUAGAGGGUUUGAUGUAAGACAAGAAGCUGCACACCCACCUCUGAAAUCACAGUAUGGUGUGGUACCAUUCAAAUCCAAAGUUGUGUGUGUAUAGUACCAUACUCAAAAAUGCCAUACCUGAAAUGGUAUUGUUCAGAUACAAUGGUACUGUUCAGAUUGGCCAUGAAGUUUCAACUGUAACAUUACAUCACAGAAUAUUGUUUAUAUAUCAGUAGUUCCAUCUUUUGAAAAGAUCAUACUAGAAAUAAAAUUGAUCCAGAAUCUUGCUUCACUUAGCAAAAGCUUGACUUUUGCUAUAUUUUUUUAGCUACAUGUAUAGUACCCCAGCCAGGUUGAAUGAUGCAGUCAUGUUUUUUUACUCUAUAUUUGCAAUGGAACAACCAUUCUUAUUGAAAUUUUCAAGAUUUAUUCUGACAAUUUCCAACAUGGAAAUUAAACAUUUUAUCAAAAUUCCUAAUCUUAUGAUUUUGAUAGUUUCUUUUAAAAAAGAACUUCACUGUCAAUAAAAUACAGGUUUUUGCUUGAACAAUUGAACUUUUAACUUC